UCUUGAGGUUGACGGUGUUCGCAAUUGAGGCGACGCGGGCGGUUCUGGGAGCCGCUUUUGCCAUGGCGACUUACGUGAGCGAGCUGGAGGUGGCCAAGAAGAACCUGAGCGAAGCGCUGGGCGAGAACGUGAAGCAAUACUGGGCUAAUUUAAAGCUGUGGUUUAAGCAAAAGAUCAGCAAAGAAGAGUUUGACCUGGAAGCUCGAAGGCUCCUCACGCAAGACAAUGUCCAUUCGCACAAUGAUUUCCUCUUGGCUAUUCUCACUCGAUGCCAGAUCUUGGUUUCUGCACCUGAAGGUGCUGGCUCUUUGCCAUGGACAGGAGGUUCUGCAACAAAACCCGGCAAGCCCAAAGGGAAGAAAAAGUUUUCUUCCGCUCGACAGAAGUUUGAUCACCGGUUCCAGCCUCAGAACCCUUUAUCGGGAGCCCCACAGUUUAUGGCCAAGGACCCCCAAGAAGACGACGACCUGAAGCUGUGUUCGCAUACUAUGAUGCUUCCCACUUGGGGCCAGCUGGAGGGACGGAUGAUCGUCACAGCUUUUGAGCACGGCCUGGAUAACGUCACGGAAGAGGCGGUGACGGUCGUCGUCUAUGCUGUGGAGAAGCAUCUCAAGGAUAUCCUUGCGUCAGUAAUAUCCAGGAGGAAGGCCUACCGCUUGAGGGACGGUCACUUCAAGUAUGCCUUUGGAAGCAACGUCAAUCCUCAGCCUUACCUGAAGAACAGUGUCGUCGCUUACAACAAUUUGACCGAAUGCCCUCCAACCUGCUUAGCGCCUCCUCCUGGUCAGAACCUGGCAUCCCACCCUCCUCCUGAUGAUGCUGAGCAGCAGGCCGCCCUCCUCCUGGCCUGUUCCGGAGAUACCGCACCAGCCUCUCUGCCACCUGUCAAUAUGUAUGACCUCUUUGAGGCGUUGCAGAUCCACCGAGAAGUGAUCCCUGCUCACACCAUCUAUGCUCUCAAUAUUGAAAGAAUCAUCUUGAAGCUCUGGCACCCGAACCACGAAGAGCUGCAGCAAGACAAAAUCCACCGGCAGCGCUUGGCGGCAAAGGAAGGGCUCCUGAUGUGCUGAGGCCCACGACAGCAUUUCUUGGACCUGCCUAGUCGGGCGUCUGGACCUCGCCUUGCUGUGCUGGCAUUUCCCAGUGGAAUCAUGGAUGUCUUUCCUAUGGAAAUAUGACUUGAGAUGCAGGAGGGCAUUGUGUUUGCUACCAGAAAGCCGCAUGGCAAAAAAAACCCCAACCAUGGCGCACUGUCUUCCUUAAAGAGUUGGGGCAUUAGCCUUUAACCAGAGUGAAUGCAAAUCAUUCUGGAAAGACUGGUGCCAUAUUGGUAAAAAGGAAAGGAGUUGGGGAAGUGUGAAAUCCUGUGUUGUUGCUUUGUUUCUGUUGUUGUUGGACAGGCAUGAAGGACUGUGGUCAGCAAGCAACCAGUUCCCGUACUGCAGGGUGCCCUGCCCAGUUGCCAGUUAUUAGGGUUACGGUGUUUGACCCACGGCCCUGGGCUGCCUUGGCAGUAAACACGCACUCGGCAAAGAAGUGUUUUAGUUUUUCUGUGUUCCAGAUUUAUGGACAAAUGAGCAAAGCCCUAUUCCAUGUCAAUAAACUCC